AUGACGCAACAAGAGAAAUACAACAUUGCCAUCGUCUCUCAAACUCUCAUCCAUUCCGGAAAAGACGCUGGUUUAGAACGCCAAGCCUCUCAUUCGUCUAGUCAGAACCUCGCAGGCUCACUCCACGAGGGCAAGACAACAUUCGAUGGAUUCAAGGAAGUCAUCGUUGACGAGAAGAGUUACCGGGUUGCUCUUUACACCACUCAAAAAUGA